AUGAUUAAAAACUUUAAACAGAACUUCAAUGUGACAACUUUGUCGGCACAAUUUACUCCCGUAAAGAAUUUAUGGAAAAUAAGUGCACCAGUUCUAGGCUUUUACAUACGUUCUACACCCAGAUUUAUCCUAUAUCAUACAAAAUGCACACUCAUGACAACAUCGAACUUGAAUCGGUCUAUACUCAAACAAAUAUUUCUUUCAUUUCGAGCAAUGUUUUAUCGCGAACGACCACGUCUGGUUGGCGUAGAUAAAUCAGGUAAUCGAUAUUUUGAAGCACCACCAAAUAAAGCAAGUGAACAUACUCAUUUAUCAAAAUUACCAAAGAGGUUUUUUCUUAUGCCUGGACAAAAUGGAUUAGAAUGUUCACAUGGGAAUAUGGAUGUAGAAUUAUCGUCUGUACCUCCUGAAUGGCAUUCAUGGUUGAGUCAUCGACGUUCUAAUCCACCUACAGAAGAAGAGAUAGAAGCUAAUGCUGUAUCUAUGAUCAACCGUCUUAGUCGUGCAGCAGAAUUGGAGGUAAAAUAUAAUGAAGAACGUCAAGAAAUGAUUAAACAAGGAUUGUUACAUACUGAUAAAGUGGAAUCGUCUAACAUUCAUAGUAAAUCUUCAUUUCCUGUUUAUUCUGAUUUACAAAUUUCUCCGGACGAAAGUCAUAA